AAAAACUUUUUUUCACUUCUUUUCUUUAUUUUAAAAAUAAUAUAUAAAGACUCUUUCCCCAUUUCUCAGAAUCAAACUUAUUAAAUUAAAAUUUUUUUUUAAAAAAAUAUUCUCUUUUACAAAUAUUCACUUUAUUUUAUAAAGGAAUGCCUGGUGUAGUCUUACCUGCUCAUCAAUAUCAUCUACCUCUUAUUAAACAACAACUUGUCUCCAAAAAUCAAAAUAAAAAUUCCAAUGAAAAUAUUCCUUACAUUCCUCCUGAAAUCAUUCGUAUAAUUCUUAAUUUAUUAAAAGAUGACAAGAAAACUCUUGCUGCUUGUGCUUUAGUCAACCAUACUUUUAACCUUCAUGUUACUCCAAUUUUGUAUCACUCUGUUUCCUUUUCUUUUUCAUACCCUUUCACUUUUAUUUCAUUCGCCAAUACUAUUAUUGAUGAAUCUCAACGUUCUCAAUUGAUCCGUCAUUUGGAUCUAUCAAGCUUUUCUAUCAUAGGCUUACAAAAGAGUAAAAAGAGCAUGGCUACAAUUGAAAAUAUUGCUACUCCAAAUCUUAUUAUACAGAUUUUAAGAUAUUGUACAAUGUUAGAAUCUUUCUCCGUUUCGGAAUCUUUGGAAUCAGCGAUAACUUUUGAAGUUUUACAAGUUCUUGCAUUCGAAUGUAAAAAUAUCAAAACUUUAGAUUUUUGUGGAUUGGCAAGUAAACAAUUUAAUUCUGCACUUACCUCUUUAACGGAAGUUAUGGGAUAUGUCAAAAUAUUUUGGUAUUAUGAAAAUGGAAUACCGACAUACUCAUUUCAAAAAGUAAAUUAUGAAGCAUUGCCACAUCUUAAACGUCUUUCACUUCAUGAAUGUCCAAUUAUUUCCGAAACUUCCAUAAUUACCCUACUCGCACACUCACCAAAUCUUACUCACCUUGAUUUGGGUGGUUGUUCUAUUAGUGAUUUAACACUUAAUUUUCUUGCAAAUGAAACUAAUAUUCCACAAACAUUAACACAUUUAUUACUCGCUAAAUGUAAAAAUAUUUCUUCUGAAAACAUUGCCGCUUUAGUAGCUGAAUGUAAACGAUUAGAAGUUCUUAAUCUUUACGGUGACAGAGAUUAUGCCACAGCUAUUAAUGAAUAUGAUCUUAUUACAAUUUUAACUUCUCCAUCUGCCAAAAAAUUUAAAAAUUUAGAUAUUGGUUCAUCUCAUAUAACACCAAAUGUUUUACAUACCAUACAAGAAAAUUGUUCAGCUUUACGGCAUCUUGGAAUUUCAAAAGCUCGCAUUCAAUCAAUUACUUAUCUCGUUAAUUUCUUAAAAGCAAUUCCAAAUCUUGAAUAUAUUGAUCUUACUGGUGUGCAAUGCAUGACACCAUUAAACGUCGCUAGCUUAAUAAAUAAUUUACAAAAGGAUCAUUCGCUUCAUAUUAUUGAAAUGAGUGAAUCUUUAGUUAAUAAACUUGGUUCUAUUGAUAAAUGGAAAACAAAUAAGAACUAUAGUAGAAGGUGGUAUUUUUCUAAGCAAACAUAUAGACCAGAUAGAGUACAUUCAAGAAAAUUGGAUAUGGCUGAAUAUGGGCCAGAAGGAAUGAGCAAGAUUUUUCAAUAUUACAGUUUCGAUCGUUAAAUAUUUUUUUUGUAUAAAACAACUUUUUAAUUUAUUAUAUCAAAUUAGCAUGACUUAAAAGCAAUAUAUAGAAUAAUUAGGCAAUCACUUUUAUAAUUUUAAUAUUAUAAUUUUAAUCUUAUUAUUUUUAAUAUAAUUAUAGUUUGUAUAUAUAUAUUUUUUCUAUUUCUUGAAAUAUAAUGUAACAAAAGAAUUUUAAUGUAAUAAAAGA